AUGCUUCUAGACGAGGACCCUGCUACUCUCAUCCACCAUACAAUCAACAAUUUUAAUAUCGGCCCCGAUAAGCUCGCUGUUUCGCGCAUCAGUGACUCUCUGUCUACAUUAAAUCAAGCCCGAGAGCUCCGAAUCAAAGAAGCUGAAACCUCGCUGAAGAAACUUGGCCGUUCUCUCAACACACUCCAGGCACAACAUGAAGAGCUCACAUCAGCGCACUCGUCAUCCGUCCACGCAUCUGAGAUUUCGCGCCUCGAUACCCAGAAAUUCCGCAUCGCGAAAGCAGUCUCCGAUUUAGAGAUGGAAGCAGAACGUCUAUCAUCCCAACAGGCCGAUCUAGCAGCGCGUUUGCAGGAACUAGAAUUACAGGGACUAGAAGGAUCGCCCGAAGACGCAGCAAAGAGAAGGGAUCCAGUCGAUGACGAGGUAUUGCUACGUCUAAAGGUGUAUCGGAGUCUAGGAAUCGAUCUAGAGCGAGACGAAAAGGACGGCGAGUUCUCCAGAGCCAUUGUGCGUAACGAUCGCAAGGGCGAUGUUCAUGUUAUAAAUAUGGACAAGAAGUUCUCGCGCUUCUUCUAUGCUAAUUAUUUUUGGCAAACGCUCUAG